UCUUCGUGUUCUCCCUCUUUCUUCGCUCUUCCCCCAGUCUCCCUCACUCUCCUCCCGUGAUCCGCUUCACUCCGCCGCGCGGGUUUCACUGAGCGCCGCUGGAAACAAUGGGAGCGGAGCCGCGUUGUGCCGGACAGAGACUGACGCGCUCCUCUGUGUGUCAUUAGGACUUUCUGCUGAUAGACUCAUAUAAUCAGGAUCUCAUUAUCAAGCUUUAACACAAUGGGCUGCUGCAGCGGACGGUGCACCCUUAUAUUUCUGUGCACGUUUCAGUUGAUGGUGGCAUUAGAAAGGCAGGUGUUUGAUUUCUUGGGCUACCAAUGGGCACCUAUCCUUGCAAACUUCUUCCACAUCCUGGUUGUUAUCCUGGGCCUUUUCGGCACCAUUCAAUACAGACCUCGCUAUAUUGUGGUGUAUACUGUGUGGACAGCGCUGUGGGUGGCCUGGAAUGUCUUUAUCGUUUGCUUCUACCUGGAGGUUGGAGGUCUAUCAAAGGACAGCGAUCUCUUGACCUUUAACAUCUCGGCACACCACUCCUGGUGGAGCGAGCACGGGCCAGGCUGUGUCCGAAGAGAGAUCCCCGCCAGCGGAGACCGCAGUGCAGACGCACAGUCCUAUAUAUCCAUCAUGGGCUGCCUGCUGGAGUACCAGUACAUAGAGGUCCUGCACAGCAGCUUCCAAAUCCUAAUCUCUCUGCUGGGUUUCAUAUACGCCUGCUACGUCAUCAGUGUCAUCACAGAGGAGGAGGACAGCUUUGAUUUUAUUGGUGGAUUUGAGCCAUUCCCACUCUACCAUGUCAAUGAGAAACCAUCUCAUCUUCUGUUAAAGCCUGUGCAUCAGCCUUCGUAAAUGAAAGCGUGUUGUGAAGAAGAGCCGCUCUGUCCAUUCCUCCUCUCUGCUCUCAUCACCUUUAAAACACUUCCCAUCCGUCCUAAAUCAGCCCUUUCUGGAGUUCUGGAGAAUCGUCUCUCUGAUUCCCAGGUCUGGACAAAACACAGUUGCUCCAUCCAGCUGCCUCAUUUAGACCCUCUUAUUCAAGUGGCUGUGAAACAUAUCUAAACACAAAGGUCCAGUAUUAUGUUUGCGUGGUGUGUGGUCCAUGCGUUUGAGUUCAUCAAGGGGAGUUCAGAUGUUGAUGUUCACCGUGUUCCCGCUCUGUGUUUGUGUUGAGGGACAUUGUGCGCCGUUUACGUUCACACAGGAUUUGCGCAGUAAAACUGAGGAGGGAGCCGAGAGCAGGAAAAGAAGACAAAGCAAGCUGACCUCCUGUGGCAGUCCAAAAAUAGAAGCAAAGGAAGCAUAAAAAAUAAAUAGAGCUUGUUUUAUGUCAUCGUGUGAUGUAUAACUCUCAUGAUUCAAUGUCAAAUUCAGUUUUAGUCUGUUUUUUCUUCUAGUUUUAAGUCUAAAGUCUUGAUUUAUAUGCAGUGAAUCCCAAAUCACUGUAUUUAGACACUCAAAUCACACUAAACAAUGUAUAAAAGUAAUUACAUUAGAUCAAUUAUACAUCUGGCUGAAAAAAUCACACAAGGCAGAAGUGGUUCGUUUGUUUUCAGAUGCUUACUGGUUUGAUUUGGAUCUAAUGUAGUGAAAUUUGUGCAUUUUAAGUGUGACUUGAGUGUUUUGGGGUCACUGUGCAUGCCGUGAGUAUUUUUACUGUUCAUAAUCAUCAUUUAUUGCACAAUGUGUUUGUAUCGAGCAGAAACCAGUUUGGGCUUCCUCUGCUAGUCCGUCAGAACUGGCAGUGCUGUUUUCAUAAUUAAUAUUAUAAUAGGACUGGCUGAUGUUAUGAAAGAGAAAACGCUUCUUUCAUCUGAAUGGCGCUUGUAAUCAAAUACUAGUUUGUGAGCAAAUCGUCAGCAUGUCCUUAUGUGAAUGAGUAACGGUCGAGUGGCGGUCGAUGUCUUUCACUGUAGAUGCAGAGCUACUGUAACGGUUUACUGGAAACAUAAACCCCGAAGCACAAAUGACUGACCUGACAUGUAUCAUAGCGUGUAUGACAAGAGAGGGACUGUCUAUUUCUUUCCAAAUUGAGAUGUGAAGGCCAAAGGUCAGUAGUCAAAUAGUUACUUGUAAUCCCAGAUGUUUCAUAUCAUGACACUUGUAUGUACUGUAUUGGCAGCAUUUCGGAUGCUAGUGGCCUGAUGGUAAAGGAACCGAGCAUAUUGUCAUCUUAAAGGAACAGUUCACCCAACGCUCUCUCACGACCAAUUCGUACGUAUUUUACGAGGUGGCUUAUUCGUACGAAUUUGUACGACCUCACUCGUUCGAUUUCAUACGAUUUGUCUAAACCCCAG